AUGAGUUUCGACCUGGUGUUUCUCAGCGUGCUCGCCGGCGUCGCAGCCAGCGUGUUCGCCGGCGUCGCGGCCCAAGUUGCGCCAAUCGCGCCCAACCUCCUAUUCAACCUCACCCUCCUUCCGCAAGAUGGGUUCCAGACAUUGUCGACGGGAGAGUGGGACAUUGUCAACUCGACAGCGGGGUGGGGCGCCCAAACGCUCACAGAGAACCGGUCGGGCGAGGGGCAGAUGUGGGUGAAUGGGCCGUUUUGUACGGCUGUCCAUCUACGCGGCGAGUUUGUUGGGCCCCAGUUGAAGUGGAAUGAGAGUCAGGCGACACCAGUUCGUUUGGCUCUGGAUACAACAGCGACAGUCAACUCGGGCAUGCAGGGGGGAAUCGUCGACCUGGCCGCCGAGGGCGAUUGGCAUUAUUGCGCCCCAAGGGUAGAUGUUAAUGGCGUCGACUUUACAAUGUACACCCUGGUCAUGACGACGGGGAUGGUGGCCGAAGCGACGGACCUAGCCCGCGUGCCCCGAGCCACCCAAUCGCUCCUCGACAACCACAACACCUUGAACCCCUUUUUCCAUUUCACCAGUCCGAACGGCGACGUUGAAUGGCAGCAGCAGAGCGGCGCCAACGUCCGGAUCGAUACCAGCCUCCACCCCGUGUCGGUGACUUUCAACAUGCCCUAUUCGGCUGGUUUCUUCUUUUUGUACGGCAGUGUUGGCCCCGACCACUCUGACCUGGACAUUCGCUUCGAUCCGCCUCUCCCCGGUGUGCCAGCCGGUAAUUCCGUUGGGGUCAAACCUGUCCGGAACAUCGCCAUGGACGACCGCCUCCUCUUCGCCGCCCCCACCGACCCUAACACCAACUACAAAGUCACGAUCCCCCUUCGUAUGGGCCAGCAACAGGCGUUGAGCCGGGUCGAGUUCUAUUCCAGCCGAGGCCUCGACAAUAACUGGCCGGAGGGUCCCGCCAAUUGGAGUGGUAUGCCAGCGACGGGGCUCGGGCGGCACUUGAGUGCCGGCGCCAUUGCCGGCAUUGUGGUGGGCGGACUGGCUGUAGUGGGAUUACUGUUCGCGGCAUUCAUCUACAGAUCUCGCCGCAAGACACGCCGCAACACUGAGCGCUGGCGUGAUGUCAAACUCGGCCGCAUGCUGUCUCCGCAAGUCUCGCCCCCGCGCGAUAUCAAGACGCCUCUUCCAGGGUUUGGUUCAGGUCCCAGCUCGCCCGUCUCGCCCGUCAGCCCGCCGCAACGCGCACACCACUACCCGCCCAGUGCCGAGGACUUGAACGCCGAGCCGCGCACGCCGUGGCCGUGGUCUGAACGGCCGGGCCAGCUGCGCGUGUGA